AUGGCCGCGCGAGAGAACAUCGGAGAGUCAAAUCCUCUCGAUAGCACAGGACUGUGUCUGCUGUCCCUCGACGGCGGCGGCGUACGAGGGCUUUCAACGCUCUAUAUCUUAAAAAACAUCAUGGAUCGACUGAACGACGAACGGAGAAAGACUGCCAACCUUCCUCCAGUGAAGCCAUGCGAAGUAUUUGACCUUAUCGGAGGCACCAGCACUGGCGGACUCAUUGCAAUUAUGCUUGGCCGGCUCGAAAUGGACGUGGAUGAAUGUAUUAUCGCAUAUAGCGAACUCGCAGAAGUUGUCUUUGGAGCGAAACUGAGCUCUUUUCCAUUUAACUUGAAGGGUAAAAUCAAGUCCCGGUUCGACUCAGCCAAACUGGAGAAAGCGGUCCAAAAGGUGGUGCAGAGGAGUGUGCCCGAAACAGAUUUGUUUAAUGACAGAACAGAGCGUGGAUGUAGAUCGUUUGUUUGUACUGCCGACCGCGACACAAAGGACAUUGUCCGUCUCCGAAGCUAUAGCCUCUCCCACGAGCCGAAUAUUCGAGCCACGAUAUGCCAAGCUGCCCUUGCAACAUCGGCCGCCACAACAUUCUUUGACCCCGCGAGCAUCGGAGAUCGUACGUUUGCCGAUGGUGGCCUUGGCGCAAAUAAUCCAGUCGACGAAGUAGAAGGAGAAGCGUCCAAUAUCUGGUGCUCUGAAACAGGAGAUUUGAAGCCUCUUGUCAAAUGUUUCCUCUCGAUUGGGACAGGGAUCCCAGAGAUGAAGGCAUUUGAAGACAGCAUGAUUAAGUUCCUUAGCCAGACCGUAGUGGACAUCGCCACUGAGACGCAAAACACAGAGAAGAAAUUUAUAGCUAGAUGGGCUAAGCACUUUGACGAAAAGCGGUAUUAUCGCUUUGAUGUUGAUAGAGGGCUGCAAAGUGUUGGGCUUGAUGAGUACAAAAAGAAAGGUCCUAUAGAAGCAGCGACAGAAGGGUAUCUUAAUCACAUAGAGCGGAAGUUUCGGGUGCGAGACUGUAUCCAGAACUUGAAACUCAAGCAGAGUGUGUAUAUCGAAAACUACUCCUAG